GCAGUUAGGCUAAUGGACUGUAACUUACUUAAUGGACUGGACUACUUAAACAAUAUUUUCAUUAUUCUAAUUGGUACUAUAAUUAAAUGUGCUUAUUUGUUGAACAGUGCUGUCUGUAUCAAAUCAAUCCGGUCAAAUCACUGUUAAAGCAUGGCCUUGAGUGCCUUGUUGCUUCAAUACGCAGAAAUGUAAUCUGCUGAAACGUUCUUUGAAUGGUUGCAUAGUGGUCAUACAAUGAAUGCAUUAUAGAUUUAUCUACCCCUAGAUGACAUGUAGAAACCAAAAUAAAUGUGCUUGGUCACUUUAGACGUCAGUCAAAUGGAGUCCUCCUGUCUGGGUGGGUGGUUCUUGGCCAGAAAAAGUCCUGUUCUUUAAGACUACAAGAAGUGUAAUAGACUCCAAUAGGGGUUCAAAUUUAGAAGUGCACAAAUAUAUAUAUGCUUGGCUCUGCCUGUUAAAUAAAACCUGAGCAGAGCCCGGUCAGAGGGUGUAUUAUGAGAAAAGCUAUGGUAGGACAACUAGUCGUGGAUCGGGCGCUGGUAGUUGCUUUCCUGCAUAAACGGUGUCCGUGGUUAACCAAAGCCAUCUCUCCUGUUGUGCCUCUAUACAAUGGCAUCGUCUUUCUAUUUGUGUUGGCCAACUUCAGCAUGGCCACCUUCAUGGAUCCUGGAGUCUUUCCCAGAGCGGAUGAGGACGAAGACAAAGACGAUGAUUUCCGAGCUCCGCUUUAUAAAAACGUUGAGAUAAAGGGAAUUCAGGUCCGGAUGAAGUGGUGUGCCACGUGCCACUUCUACAGACCUCCUCGCUGCUCACACUGCAGUGUGUGUGACAACUGUGUGGAGGACUUUGACCAUCACUGCCCAUGGGUGAACAACUGCAUAGGCCGGAGGAAUUAUCGUUACUUCUUCUUGUUUCUGCUGUCUCUAAGUGUUCACAUGGUGGGCGUGUUUUCCUUUGGCCUGCUGUUUGUCUUACACCACCUUGAGAGUCUGAGUGCGCUCCACACCACUGUGACGCUUGUGAUUAUGUGUGUGACUGGCCUGUUCUUCAUCCCUGUUAUGGGCCUCACUGGAUUCCACAUGGUUCUCGUAGCUAGAGGACGGACCACAAACGAACAGGUGACAGGAAAGUUCAGAGGAGGAGUGAAUCCAUUCACCCGGGGUUUCCGUGGCAACGUGAAACACGUCUUAUGCAGUCCGCUUGCUUCUAGGUACUUCACUGAUCCCAGGAAGAAAAUUCCCAUCAUCAUGAAACCACCAUUCAUCCGCCCUGACCUCUCUAACCGACACAUCAGUGUAAAAGUCAGUGAUAAUGGUAUCCAUAGUAACAUCCUGCGAAGCAAAACCAGUCUGGAUGGUAUGGAUGAUAAAAGUAUAGACACACAACCGCCUCUGCCGCCCAAAGCAGAGCGCUACAACCAGCUCAAGAGUCAACUCACCUCCAGCGAAGAGAGUUCCCUGUCCAGCAAACCGACUAAUCCGUCCACCCCAGCCAUGUACAAAUACCAACCUUCCUUCAGUACCAUGCCUAAAGUGCACUAUCACGCAACCGGAGAGAAGAUUAUAAUGUCUGAGAACUGUAAGCCCUCUGCAGUUUUGGAGGAGAGAGGUCACGAUUACCGCUCAGAGCCGAAUCUGGAUUUGCCAGACUUCCGCAGCACUCCUCUCCACCGAACUUACCAAUCCUCACCUUUCCAGCUGGACUCUUUCAGCACCACAUCUCGCUCAUUCAGUCUCAAACAGGGAGUGAACAGGGCUGACCAGAUGCAAAGCAAACCACAAGCGGUCAUUUCCACCGCUCACAAAGGAGUCUUCUCCCCUGGGACAUUAUCUGGCCGCAAUGGCAGCCUAUCCUACGAUAGCUUGCUAAGCCCCAGCAUUGUGCCAGCUGUGGGCGAGUGCGCUGCCCACCCGGGAGUGCCGUCUAUGGGUUUUCAUUCACCCUACUUGCCUACUAAAACGUGUCAUGUGCGUGGGCCUGAGCUUCAGCGGUACAUCGGUCCACCAUCCUAUAGUCCUGUUCACAUAGGAGCGAUGUACGGGCGGCAGUCACCACUCUCAAGAGACCGAGAUCCCUCUCCCGUCCGCUACGACAACCUCUCCAAAACCAUCAUGGCCUCCAUUCAGGAGAGAAAGGAGCUAGAAGAGAGGGAGAAACUUAUGCAUCGGCAUGCACAACCACCAGUGGCCUAUGUCAAUGAUUCAGGUGUGUUUGACACCUGCAGUGGAGCCGCCUAUGGACUCCCACCUGGGACGUGCUACCCCAAUGGCCCUAGAGGCCCCGGAUCCCGAGAGCACACCCCUCCUGUGUGCGGCUCUCGGGAUAAUUUGAUGGGAGUUGGGGUAGUGGGAUACGCUCCCCAAACACCUGUUCUGCGUUCCUCUGCAUCCUCGCUCGCCAGAGUGCCAAGGACUUCCACUACGUCCCUCCACACUGAUGGAGGCAGUGCAAGCAGGACAGCCGAACACCAGUACCGCUCUCCGGUGCACCAGACACAUCACUCCCCAACAUCUGUGCCCCGUUCACCAUCAUAUGCGCAUCAGAAGGUCGCCUUCAUUAGCGCUCUGGAGAGGGCAGACUCACCACAUCUGGGUACAAGAGAGGACCUUGGUCAAUGUAAAGUCAAUGGGCAACUAAAGGGCCAAGCACGUGACUGCCAUCUAGGGACUCCUUCUGGAACUCCCAGCAGACACACCAAUGUCAAAAAGGUCACAGGAUUGGGUGGAACUACAUAUGAGAUUUCCGUUUGACAGACAGCUUGAAGAGCCACUGCCUGUGAGGAACAGCACUGCCAUGGCAACACCACCUCCACUUGUGCUCUAGAGAAUUAGGUUUCUUUCUUUUUUAUAAUAUUCAAACCGAUUGAUCAGGAGACUAUUAGUUAUCUGGUGCAGUUUAAUUGGAUAAUACUUUGGCAUAGGCCAUUUCUUUGCUAAAGAGAUGGCAAGCAACUUUCUGAUUGACCCAGUGUAAAAUAUAACAUGAGUGCUGUGUCAAAGAAGUGUUGUAUAUUUUUGUCAUACAAGUGUCAGCCAUCAGGAUAUAAAUCCCACACCACAAAAAAAUGCUGGUUUAAUUGCAUCAAAUGAAAAUCUAAAAUAUAUAUACAGUAAGGGCUGAAUAUGUACAGUGUCAGUUCAUUUGUUUGUAUAUAAAAGUUUAAAGGUCGCAUAUUGAAUGCAAAUGUGCUCAGUAUGCUGAUCUUCCACACACUUGAAUCUGAGUGUUUAUGUACAUGCCAGUGACUCCAUUACUACUGUUUUUGUCAUUAAGCUGAUAUAAUAAUCAGGGUUUCAUUCAAAUACAUUUCUUUGUCAAGCUAUCAGGUUCCAAAACAAACCAUAUAGCACUAGUGUACUUUAAAAACCAACGCAGAAGUUUUAUUUUUCAAAUAUAGUGGUCAUUUACACUUUUUGUAAUAUAAAACUAUUAACUGCCAUAGAAAUAAACAUACAUGUGUAUAUGUACAAUUUUAAAAAAGGAUGCAAAAAUGUUAUCAGCAAUUUAGUUUUUUCUUCAUAAAAAGUAUUUUAUUGUGGAAGAAAUAUUAAUAUGUAAAAAGAAACAGACCACUGUGUAUUAGCAGUACUGGCCACGUGUUAAAGCCAUAUUUUACCAUAUUUUCCAGACAUGAUCUUUGCAAACUUAUUGCUUUAUCAUUUCCAUUUAUUUGUAAUAGAUAAAAAAAGAUGGUAAUGGUAAUUCCUGACUGAAUCCCAAACAUCCAACAUUUUUUUUAUUUAUUUUGUUUUUAUAACAACAUUUUUUUUUUCUUUUUUUUUUUUAACCCAAAUUUUAAAAGUUUUGGUGUAUUUCAUUUUUUAAUACAGAUAUUCAAAUGGGUGUUUGGAUUUAUUGAGUGGAUUUUUUUGCAUAUUUUAUAAUUUAUUUGUACAAAUUAAUUAGUGUACAUUGCCAUUUUGAUUAAUUAAAAGAAGUAUUUUCUAUUAAGAUUUUUUUUUUUUUUCAGUGAAUGAAUGUUGAAAAAUUAAGAUGUUUUAAACUUAUGUUGUUUUUUUUGUUGUUGUUUUUUUUUUUUUUUGAUCAAAUAAGCAAAGGCUUCUUUAGCAUAAGAAGCUUCUUUCAAAAACAUUUCAAAAUCUUACCAGCCACAAACCUUUUGAACACUAGUGUAUAUAAAAGUAAAAUUCUUCAUAUGUACUUUUCAUAUUAUUCAAAGGAAGUUUAAAGCCUCACCUUCCCAUUACUCUUUCAAAAGAAGUUGCAAAUAGUCUUUUCUGAUUUUACAACAAGUGCCAAUAAAUAUUGCUUGGUAACUAUUACAUUUGAAUUUUGAAAGGGGAGAAGUGUGUGUGUGUGUGUGUGUGUGUGUCUUUUUUUGGAGAGAGAAAGAGAUACACAUCUGUAAAAUUGUCAGUUACAAUUAAAUAGGCAGUUACGUAAUUAAUAGCUGAAAAGAAAUCAGUUUUAAAUAUAAUAUUCUUUUUUUUUUUUUUCUCAAGAAAUGAAAUGGACAGCACAGGUGAAAGUGGCAAAUCCUGUUACCAGAAGAGCUUCACACUGUGGCCUGUUUCAUGAUUAAAGACCUAAUAAUUUAAUAAAAAGGAUCAUUUUGUAGUGAAGUGUUGACUUGUGCUGUCAGCAUCUUUGACAGGGUGAUCUUACAGAUGUCUUGCCAAAUGGAAAUGCACCGCACGUGGAGUUCUCUGCGACUCAUCAGAUGACUUUUCAAGGAAUUCGUAUUGAUUUCCUCACAGAUCUGCCUUAUGGGUCUAACAGACUACAGACACUCAAACACUGACAGAGUACAAACAUGAUUUUUGGUGCAUGUAAAAAGUGAUAUUAUGAUACUUUUUUUCCAGUAAAAAAGCUUCUUGAAAUUGUAAAUAAUUCAUGUGGUCACUUACAGUUUGCUAGGCUUUUUUUCUGUGAAUGCUUCAAUGCCGCUGUCUGGCACAGCGUCACCUUCUGUUUAAAUGAACCAUGUACAAUUCAAACAAAAGAAGAACUAUACGGGACUUUUUUUCUUUGAUGAAGUAUUUCAUUCAGAUUAAAUGAACACAUUAUAAUUUCAUAUCAAGGAACAUAUAUUAUUUUUGUUCAUCGAGGGGGAAAACUGAAUAAAUAAAACGUGAACAUUAAUUUCGGUCUUAUGUUUGU